AUGAAAGCAGGUGAACCCUUUGACUGGGAGAGGAUCAAUUUCGUCUUAGAGUUGCGGGGCACAACUGUCGAAAACUUUGUGGCGGAGAGCCAAGACAAGUCGCGGAGCGCUCUUGCAAAGAGUUUAGAGGCAGCUUUUCUCGCGUGGGAAGAACAGCUCAAAGGGGACCAAGCCAUGUUUGAUGCUGAAGCGAUUCGGUCAGAGCGCGAAAGUGCAAAGAACCGAGCAAAAUUGGUCAAGCAGCUUGAGGAGUGUCACGACCGAGCCUGGCGCACCGUGCAAGGGUUCAUGGAGAAAAACAUGCAGAUCUUCCAAGCUCGCAGUGUGCAAGCAGAUUCGACAAUUAUGCCCCAGGUGUUCUCUUGGAUUGAUGGUACCAUUGAUGAGAAUGACACCAAGACCGACCCUGACACGAAGGACGAGGAAAAGAUAAAGAGAGAUGAUGAAGAGGGAGACCAAGAUGCAGAAGACGCUGAGGUAUGUGACGUUCGGUACCAACUUGAGAAAGCUUUGGGGCUGAAAGAACGAGGGUUGCGAGUGCGACCUAUCACAUGGGUGUUUGAUCCAGCAACUGUGUACGGUUCCCGAGACGGAUGCCUAUCUGGACUGGCUUGCAUAUCGAAGGACGCUACCAACAUUUUCAAGUCAUCCAAAGCUAUGAAGAGUGGGGUAGUUCACGACGUACACAUGCUGCCACGGACGGAGUUCUACAAACCUCCAGCAUCCUCUCCCACCAAGUCGAGCCUACCCCAUCUUGGACGGGCGCUGACUGACAUCCAAGAGUGGAAGCAGGUGGCAGCCGGCACGGACAUCGUGAAAAAGUCGCUAGCGGCGUUCACUGUGCCGACCGUGGCCACUACAAUUGUUGUGGAUGGCAUGGCCUAUGAUGGGUUUCCCGCACUGGCAGCCCUAGAAGAAAUUUGCGAAGGAAAGACUUUGAUAUCUGCAUCUGUGAUGUUGGACAAGCCAGCGGAGGAGUUGGGCGCACGCUUGUCCAAUCAAAUCUAUGAGAGUUGCAGGGCUGGGAGAUUGGAGUUGCAAAAUUUCCCAAACUUUGAACCAACAAUUGCCGCCUUGAAAGCUGGUUCUGCUAGAAGGGAAUGUGGUGAUUACAAAGUUUGCAGGCAGCAGGGUACCAAAUUGGUUGUCCUUGAGUCUCUGGCUUCCAAGUUUUUGGAGACUGAGACGCUUGCUGACCGUGCAAGUGACUUGAUCAAAGCUCACAACAAGACCUACAACCCUGACGGAGAUUUCAUGGCAAGUGAGAGGACUGAGGCUACAGAGGUGCGAGAGCGACCGACGAAGAGAAUCAAACUGGAACCAACUGCUGAAAGGCUUACCAAGACUGACUUGCAAAAACUGGAAGACCCGCAGUUUGUCUUCAAAUUAUUCACGUUGGAGUUAGCACCAUUGAGUAAACAAGAAGUGCGCAUUUUUAGAAAUAGUUAG